ACACAACACAUCCUCAGUCGUAGAUUACCUAUAAUAGAAUUACGCGGCGUUUUUUGGGUUUACGCGGGUAACAGUUCACGUUGGUUCUCCUUUCCUGUCGAUUACUUGAUCUUUAAGGAUCUUUCUUUACUUUUUUGGCCUUCGAAAGUGCUUGGAGUUACUCUGAACAAAGCUGAUAUGGCUGGGCGCCCGAAACGAUGUGGCAAAUGCAACAACGACAAUGGUCCAGCAGCAAAGAGAUGCCGUAUCUGCAAGGAGAGCAUAGUCGUUGACAUCGAGCAAAACGAAGACAACGAAGAAGAUGCCCGGAUAUUAAAUAUGGGUAAAACAAACCCAACAAAGCAAUUCAAUUUGCUAAAGAAACGGGCAAAAAUUCUAAAAUGUCGUCAUGGUUGGGAUAUUGUUGUUUUGGCCAGUUACAAACAUGUACGUGGUAACAGUUUCGUGACGUUUGGAACUGCUGGACUUGCACAGAGCUUUAUUGGAACGGAAGAAAAUCAAUAUCUGACUGGAAAAGCUGUUUUGGAUGUCUUCCGUUCGUACGUUAAUGAGAAGAAAACAUUCAAGUCAGAUCCACCAUCAACUGUCCAUUUAUCAGGAUCCACUGUCCCUCUUUCGAUAUCUAGUUUGUCUCCUCAAAUAGCCUCUCCUCCGAUAUCCACCGUUUCUCCCCCAACAUCCACUAUUCCUCCAACAUCCACUGUCUCUCCUUUUACAUCCACCAUUCCUCCUCCAACAUCCACAAUUCCUCCUCCAACAUCCACUAUUCCUUUGCCAACAUCCACCAUUCCUCCUCCAACAUCUACAAUUCCUCCUCCAACAUCCACAAUUCCUCCUCCAACAUCCACCAUUCCUCCUCCAACAUCCACAAUUCCUCCUCCAACAUCCACAAUUCCUCCUCCAACACCCACCAUUCCUUCUCCAACAUCCACCGUUCUUCCUCCAACAUCCACAAUUCCUCCUCCAACAUCCACAAUUCCUCCUCCAACAUCCACAAUUCCUCCUCCAACACCCACCAUUCCUUCUCUAACAUCCACCGUUCUUCCAAAAUCCAGCGUCUCUAUCAAGAUACCCACCCUCCUUUCUCAAACAACUACUAUUAUCCCUCCAGUAUCAACCACCACUUCAGUAUCUACUGUUCCUUCGUCGUCCUUGUCAACUAAUCUUAUACCCACAACCUUAACUUCAUCUAUGGAUAUGCCAUCAGAUGCUGUUGCCUUAUACGCUGAAGGAAAUGUUGUGGCAAUUGGCACUAUCAUUGAUCUGCCAACUAUUCAUGGACAUCCGAUUCCAAAAGGCUGUUCAUGUGUUAUGUUGUUUUGGGUGCAAGACAACUAUCCUGCCCCAUGCCCUUUGGGAAGAAAAGACAUCACUGAAAACGUUAUCUUGCAUAAGGAUAUGUUUUAUGCUCUUCCACGACGAAUGCUGAAACAGUUCUUGAGAUGUAAUGACAGAUACUUUCUUUCAGCUUUACAUUAGGUGACGUACACCACUGCCACAGAAUGAAGGCAGACAGAAGGCAGACUGAACCAAAAAAACGUAACCGCUGCCACGCCAUGAUUCAUCAUCAAAAUGCUGACGCCAUGGUCCUAGCCAGUGCGCUUUUGAGAGGCAUCCCCCCUGGAUGUCUGCCAUUUUUAAUAUUUCCUGGGGGAAAUGCCUUUCAAGCGCGCACUGGCUAGGACUAGGCUUAGACACAAGAUGCUUGACCUUGAAUUACUGGAAGUAUAGUACUAAAAAUAACUCCAGAAAAGAACAAAAAUCACAAGAUACAGUGAGUAGAGUGUCAAAAGUUUCUAAAACGUUGUCGAACGUCUUGUGUUUAAGCCUAUAAUGGGCCAAAAAAGUAGCCAAAUAAAGUUGUCGAGCAUCUUGUGUCUAAGCCUAACUAGGACCAUGGCGUUAGCAUUUUUAUGACGAAUAACGGUUACGCCAAAAUCAUAGCAAAAACGAGGAAAUCGGCCUUCUGUCUGUCUUUAUUCUGUACGACUGUGUUGCAAUUUCCAAAUACCUCCAUUUGCAACUAAGUUUAAUUGGAAACGUUAUAAAAUGUGACAUCAAAUUUGAUCUAACUGACAUAAACUUUGUAACGUUUCCAAUUGGAGCGUUUAGCUUCCAACGACGGUACUUGCUGUCAACUUUAUAAAUAUUGUAGAUUGAAAUACUAGACAAA